AUGUUUACUGACACAUCUCUUCAGAACAAUUCAAGGAUUCAAUCAGAACAUGAUGUAAGUAAACGAGUACGAUCUUGUACUAAAACUUUCAUCAAACGACUGAUUGCUCGUAAACCAAUGGAAAUAUUACAAGCUGAAAUUGAUACACGAAAUGAAUUGAGACGUGAUCUAAAUUGGAUUCAAUUACUUGCUAUAGGUCUUGGUUGUGCCGGGAUAUUUGUAUUAAGUGGACAAGCUGCUGCAAAAUAUUCUGGUCCAUCAAUCAUCAUUUCAUUUAUUAUAACAGGUGUUAUUGCUUUAUUGUCAUCCUUAUCAUACGCAGAAUUAGGAACAAUGAUGCCUAGUUCUGGAUCAGUUUAUACGUAUACUUAUGCAGAAUAUUUGGCAUGGUUUAUUGGAUGGAAUUCCGCGCUACUUCAUCUAUUCUCCGUUUUGACAGCGGUAGUUGCUUGGAGCAAGCAUGUUGUCCUAUUUAUGUAUAUUGUAUCUGAUUAUAAUGCAACAAACAUGUUUGUCCAAGCACCAGUGGCUUGGAACGAAGACGAGGAAAGGUUUGUUGUCACUGGUCAAGCGAUUAAUUUACUUGCUAUUGGAAUUACUAUUGCAAUUACAAUUCUUCUUAUUAUUCGAAUUUAUCAAAUGGCUAUAGUUAAUCUUGUAUUAGUUGUGUUUAAAAUUAUUAUACUUAUAAUAUUCAUUUUUGCUUGUUGUGAUUAUGUCGAUCGCAAUAAUUAUUAUUCAUUUUUUCCAUCCAAUAAAGGCUCGUUUAGUGAAUAUGGAGUAACAGGCAUGCUGCAAGCAUGUACUUAUGUUUUCUUUGCAUAUGUGGGUUUUGAAUCAGUUUCAACAGUAGCGCAAGAAGCAAAGUUACCAGAGAGAUCGCUGCCAAUUGCCAUUAUUGGAUCAACAAUUAUUUCACUACUACUAUAUAUUGGAAUAUGUACUGUUAUGGUUGGACUCGUUCCAUAUAAGUUAUUAGACUCAGAUAGUCCUCUUUCUACGGCAAUAACAGCUACACCUUACGGUCUUUGGUUAUCAAUUGUUAUGAAUUUAGGUGCGAUUGUUAGUCUUACAACUGUAGCAUUGACGGAUAUGCUCUCACAGACUCGAAUAUUUUAUGCAAUGGCUCAUGAUGGUUUACUGCCAUCAUUUUUUGCUAAAAUUCAUAAGACCACAGAAACUCCUUGGAUUUCGAUAAUAAUUAGCUGUAUAUUUUGUGCUGUUUUUUCGGGUAUUUGUCCAGUAGAUAUUCUUGGCGAAACAACUUCAAUUAGCGCUCUAAUUACAUAUAUUUUCGUACAUAUUACGGUCAUCGUUAUGCGUUAUACACAUGGAGAUAUGCAACGAAUAUUUCAGGUGCCAUUUGGUUCAUGGCUGAUUCCAACUAUAGGCUCCUUACUUUGUAUUCUUCUUAUGAGCGGUAUAACAAAAUCAACAGGUUUUCGAUUUCUUGUGUGGACAGCAUUAGGUCAAAUUAUUUAUUUUUCCUAUGGUUUUUGGCACUCUAAACGACGAAAAUUAAUAAAAAGUGCGUCUAUUACAAGUUCAGCCGAGCUUCUACCAACAGUAACAAAUGCUACGGAACAAUAUACACAAAAUGGUCUUGAAUCAGAUUUAGCUAGUGAAAAUAGUGAAAGUGUAGUAUAA